AUGUCUGUUCUACCUAUUAACUCCUACGACGAGUUCAAUAAGAUCAUCAAUAGCGACCAUCCCGUUGUGAUUGAUUUCUGGGCGGUAUGGUGCGGACCUUGCAGAGCGAUCGCUCCUCAUGUUGAAAAAUGGGCAGAAUCGGAAGAAACCCCGGUCAAGUUCUACAAGGUUGACGUCGAUGCACAAGAAGAAAUUGCCCAGGAAUGUAACAUAAGAGCGAUGCCAACUUUUAUGUCCUUCAAAAAUGGUCAAAAACUUGGAGAGUAUGUUGGGGCGAACCCAUCCGGAUUCGACCAUCUUGUUAAAGCUGCGGCUGCUCUUUAA